AUGCGCAUCUUCACUUCGAACAACCAAUCACUUACUUCAGAUCCUGACCUCGCUUCAACUUCACAACACUACUAUCAACAUCCUCACACUUUCACAUCCACAGCACCUCCAUCCAAAUAUCUAAACCACACAACCAAACCAAAUAUCAAAAUGGCAUUCACAACCUCCACCACCUCCACCCCAACAUUCACCAACUCCGGCCGCGGCGGCUACAACGGCCCCGCCUCGUCCUCCGAUUCCGACGACGAAUCCCGCACCCUCAACAACACCCCCUCAUUCGCCAACUUCGGACGAGGAGGUUACAACAAGGGUCCCGAUGACGAUGAGGAGGAGGAUGGACGCGGAGGUUACAACUAA